AGAAAAGUAAUAAUAAUUGAUCGCCAACCGAUUUUGGGGGAUAAAACAAUCCAUUUAUCUGAAGGUCUUAUCGCGCAACCUGCCCUUCCUUCGUGGCCCUAGCAAACGCCGUGCGAGGCAUUACCCACCAAACCCCAUCAUCUUAUAACACCUCCUUGAUUCCCGACUCCAACGCCCCUUCGCUUCGUUCGCUCCGCUCUUAUCCGAACAUGCCUCCAUCUCUCGUCCUCUUCACCACAUCCCAAACGCCCCUCGCUGUCCGCUACCCACACCCUCGUAAACCGAUCCUUACCGUUCCGCCACUCUUACACCGCUCCUUGCACAACGCUCUUGACAGAGACCAACCAUCUGCGGCUUUUGUCGUAAAUGCCGGAGACGCCGGAGGUGUCGCACAGGGGACGUUGUACAUCCCCAACCUAGAAGAACUGGCCAAGCCAUCACCUUUACCGGUAGCCAACGGCCAUGCCGCUCCAGAAUUAGUACAUGACAAUAUCGAGCUGACUGUCAAGGUCCAUCUAAUCGUUUCUCCUACAUCCACUUCACCUGCUUCUGCCCGAGCCGAGUGGGUUAGCGAAGCCCUGCAAGUUUUCCGAAAGGCAAAACGACUCCCCCUGCCAGACAACCUGCUCAUAGGCUUCAAGGGUAUUGAUUAUCGUGGGAUAAAGACUGCCACCGGUGCUGAGGCGUCAGUGACUCCUAAUACCGAGAUUGUACCUGCAGAGCUGGAGGAGGAAGUGCUCAAGGUUUGGGAACGAGUUUUCGCGGAGCGAGGUAAGCUUGUCAAAGAGAACGGCAAGUUGGGAAGUCUGUAUGCCCCUCAGGGGCUGUUGAAGAAGCUCACAGAGAGGGAAGGUGAAGGGCGUGUCAAGGUGAAUGCGCUUGAUACUCCGGAUUGUCACCAUCUUCCAAAGGAUUAUACAGGAUACGCAAGGAAGAAUGGGGUUGAACUUUGGGCAGGUGGUGGAGGUGAAGGCUCCGAUCCGCUACCCUCAACACACCUUCAAAAUGUCUUGCAAGAAUUCCUCCCUGCAAUCCGCAAGAUCAUUCCCGAACAGCAAGCAAAGGAAUUUAACAAGCUUGACAAUCCCAUACCUUUGCGUCAAGACGGAUUGAAGUUUGAAGAUGUUGAGACAGGCGUGCAAGUACGAUGGGUUUUGAGCUACACUGUUCUUUCCACCACCAGGAACGUUGUCGAGGAUAAGGGCUACAUCGUGGCAGCCGACCUCGUGUAAUAGGCCCUUUUUAAGGUCCAUCAGACUUUAAAUAGACGGUUAUCUUGUCUUUCCGGUCAUGUCAGAGUGUUGGUGUUUAAGCUGUGGAUAAUCCCAAGCUGGGAGGAGUUGUCAUCUAGGGAAAACUCGGUUGUUAUUUACAUGGGAAUGUGGUCACUAUGCAUGGUGUACAUGGGCUUAUAUAAGGCAAUCUUUUUCGGCUUGAAGGGAAGCAAGGAAAUGUACCAUCUAUAGACUCUGCGUCAGCUCUUUUCAAGGUCAAGG